CGGGUUCCUGGGGUGGCAAACCCGCAGGUCAGGCAAGGGCCGGUCUCACUGGGUGGGGCCCCCCGGCCUCGUCAGCCUCUUGGAUUCCUGAGAACUUUUUUGCACUACUGCCCAGUUAGGACCAAGCGAACUUCAAGUUCUCUUUCCGGCCAACGUCAGAGCUCUCUGAGUCUCCAUAAGUCCGCCGGUGCAUCUUCUGCCUUUGUGUUGGCUGGUCUUUUUCCCGAGCCGGGAGGCAUACAGCGGGAGAAGGUGGCUUCAGUGUGCUCGUUAGGUCCUGUUUGGAGGGAUUGAGGCCCGCGAGGAAAAGUAAACAGUAAGGGGCCUGGCGGUCUUUAGCCCGGCCCACCGGGGCUACUAGUGCCCUUGAACCCGCCCCUCUUGAUCUGUCUCUGGGCGGGUUGCAGGCUCUCCGCAUUUUCAGUCAAAAGGCGUGGCUGGGUGAGCUAUGGAUCGCAUCGCCGCGCUCGGCUGCGCGAGGCUGCGGUGGCCGCUGCUGGGGUCACGGGUGGUCUGCUUUGGCCUCGGCCCACACAGGGCCAGAGCCAAGGCCUCGAUCUCCAAAGCCCUCCCGGCGACCGAGACAACCGAGGCUCCCGAGACCGGGCCUGGUGACCGGAGGCCUCGGGGUCUGGAGGAGCUUCCAGGACCAGGGAAGCUGCGCUUCUUUUUCCAGCUAUUAAUGCAAGGCUACGUUCUGCAUUUGCACCAUCUCCAGGUGCUGAACAAGGCCAAGUAUGGUCCAAUGUGGAUAAACCGCAUAGGGUCUCAGACUUACGUUCACCUGGCCAGUGCCCCACUCCUGGAGCAAGUGAUGCGGCAGGAGGGCAAGUACCCAAUACGGGACGACAUGGAUCUAUGGAAGGACCACCGGGAUCAGCAGGGCCUGGCGUAUGGCCCCUUCACCAUGCAGGGACAGCGCUGGUACGAGCUGCGCCAGGUUCUGAAUCAGCGGAUGCUGAAGCCAGAUGAGGCUGCGCUCUACGCAGAUGUUCUGAAUGAGGUGAUUGACAGCUUCAUGGCUCGACUGAAACAGCUGCGGGCGGAGAGUGCCUCUGGGGACCAGGUGCCCGACAUAGCUCACCAGUUCUAUCACUUUUCCUUGGAAGCAAUUUGCUACAUCCUGUUUGAGAAACGUAUUGGCUGCCUGGAGCGGUCCACCCCACAGGAUACCAAGGCCUUCAUCAAUUCUGUCGGGCUCAUGUUCCGCAACUCACUGUAUGCCACCUUCCUCCCCAAGUGGACCCGACCCCUGUUGCCCUUCUGGAAGAGAUACUUGGAUGGCUGGAACACUAUCUUCUCAUUUGGAAAGAAGAUGAUUGACCAGAAACUCAAGGACAUAGAGGCCCAACUGCAGACAGCGGGGCCAGAUGGGGUCCAGAUAUCUGGCUACCUGCACUUCCUACUAAAUGGAAGACAACUCAGUCCUCAUGAGGCUGUGGGCAGCCUCUCUGAGCUGCUCAUGGCUGGGGUAGACACGACAUCCAACACACUGACAUGGGCCCUGUACCAUCUUUCAAAGAGCCUAAAGACCCAGGAGGCCUUGCAUGAGGAAGUAGUGGGCGUGGUGCCAGCUGGGCAGGUGCCCCAGCACAAGGACUUGGCCCACAUGCCUCUACUCAAAGCUGUGCUUAAGGAGACGCUGCGUCUCUACCCUGUGGUUCCCAACAACUCCCGGAUAAUCGCGGAAAAAGAAAUUGAAGUUGGUGGUUUCCUCUUCCCCAAGAACACUCAGUUCGUGUUCUGUCACUAUGCUUUGUCUCGGGACCCUAGCAUCUUCUCUGAGCCAGAGAGCUUCCAUCCCCACCGCUGGCUGAAGAGUCAGCCUGAUAACCUCAGGGCCCAACACCCAUUUGGCUCUGUGCCUUUCGGCUAUGGGAUCCGGGGUUGCCUAGGCCGCAGGAUUGCAGAGUUGGAGAUGCAGCUGUUACUGGCAAGGCUGAUCCAGCAGUACAAGGUGGCCCUGACCCCUGAGACAGGGGAGGUGAAGAGUGUGGCCCGCGUUGUCCUGGUUCCUAAUAAGAAGGUGGACCUGUGUUUCCUGCAGAGAUAGUGCUGAGCUGGGCCCCCGCCAUCUUAGGGCCCCUGCCCUGGCACAGGAAUUCCUGGCCAUGGCUUCGUCUCUGAUGAGGAGGGAGCAAAGGCGGCUGCCGGAGUCCAAAGGCUGAAGAAACUCAAUGCAUUGCCACGGAAGUGCUGAGAUUCUGCCACUUUUAUUGUUUUGUGCAGUUCCCACUUAGAUAAAGAGCCAUAUCCUUGUCGCAUUACUAUCCUUGGGGGAAAAUAUAGAAUAAAGGGACUUUUAUUGAUAA